AUGAUUGAUUUGGCCAUCGGAACACCUGAGGUUGGUGUAGUCGAUUUCUGCAUGCUUCAAACUGUGUUGCAUUGCCUUGCCCAACAAAUGCGUGUACUUGGCAAGAACGUAGAACUACGAGGCAGUGUUGCCGCCCUUCCCGUCGGUAGGGAAAACUCUCAGACCAUAGCUGUCAGCGAAUUUGUCGUUGAUACUGAUCAGGAUAAGCACAGGACGAUUAAAAAGACAGAAAUGGUAAACCGAAGUCCUCCCCGCGCACAAUCACCGCAACCAACUGCACCGUCACCUGCUCCUGCUAGAGUUACAUCGACAGAGAAGCUAUCACUCGUUACCCUAAGUAAAUUCAACUUACUUGAAAAUACCGUUGAAGAUCUCAAAAGUAGAGUUUACGGGAGUAUACCUAAAAAUGAAGAAAUUCUGGAAGAAGUCAGAUCACAGACAAACCUGAAAGCCAUCACCGAUAUGUGGACUUCUUUAAACGUCUCCUCGCGCUUGGAAGCAGCAGAAGCAGGUAUCGCCAAGUUGAGCUCGCUAGUGCAAGACAUUAUAUCUGAUACAGCGGGACUCCAGCAAGCUAUUGCAGCUCGUAGGGCUUCAAAACCAGCUGAACCAGUUAUAACUACAAUAGUAGCCCCUCCUGUGGACAACGUUGCAUCCAAAGAUGAUUUGGCCUCUAUACAGCAACAUCUCACUCGUAUACGGAAUGAUCUGGACAAUCUGACUAAUGCUUAUUACACCGCUAUGGCUGAAAUACAAGCUGGUUUAGAAGCAGUACCACCUGCUCCACUUCCUGCAGAACCUCCUGUGCGAAAAAUAUCUGAACAACCCCGUCGAUCCUUCUCAAUGUUGACAGCUGGUCUUAUGGAAAGAAUGAAUGAUUUGGAAAAACGGCUUAAGGAUUGUUGUGACAGCCUUGGAAAGAAAGAUGGAAUAAUACAAGAUCAGAUUAACUCUUUCCAAGACCAAAUUGAAUAUUUAACCAGGCAAAUAGCAGCUUUAGCGCAAAGUCAAAACGCUAACGCCAUAUCUCCCGACAUGUUCAAAGAUAUACAGGGUCUCAUGACACUCUUCCAAACUGUACAAGACAUGCAAAAUCAACUUAAACUCGUGCAUGAAACGGCAUUGCAACUCGCUGCAGAAAAGGAGGACCGAUUGUACAACAUGAAUGCAUUAUUAGAACAAAUAGAGCUACUAAAAACCAUUAAGCUGGAUCGCGAAGAUAUGGUGGAGGCGAUGGCUGAGAAGGCGGACUUGCGUAUGCUCGCACGUAAAGUCUCCCACGACCAGUUUGAAAUGGCCUGCGAUGACUUAUCUCGGGGACUCGAACACGCUCUUGGAAAACUUACUUUACAAGAAUCAUUAUGGCAACAAGCUCUGGACGACAUUCAGCGAGAGAUCGAGAUGAAGCUUGACAAGAUGGAGUUAUCACCAGUCAAAGAUUUCUUCAACAAUAAACUAAGACAACUUCAAGAAAACCUUAAAGAGAUGGCCGCUCUACGUCGCGAGGUCGAAGCUGCCGGCACCAAGAAAAAAUUGUUGAGGGAUGUCAACUGCAUAUCAUGCGACGCACGUGCCGUGAUGCCCAUGGAAGCCGCAAGCAAUGUACCGGUCAGCCGUCCAAUGCCAGCAAAUUUGUCUAUGAAACCAUACCUCAGUUAUGAACUGGAUGCAAUCAGGAAGACACAAGCUACCAAUGUGCCACAAAGGAAUAUGCGAGAUUGGGAAAACAUAGAAAAACAAAUGGGUCAGACGAAACAACCGCCACCAAAACCGAAAUCGGAAACAGACAAGCACCUGUGCAACCGCUAUUGUGGUGGUUCCCACACCACUACUACGGCGGCGCAACGAGUGGCUCGUUUGGGUCACUUCAUGAAACAAUGGGGACCGGAUGUUGUUCCCCUGUCUUCAGGUUUGGCAGCCGGGGACGACGGGAGGAUGUACAAAGUCAGUCCAGUCGAAGGUGCCAACGUAGGUCCAGGUGGUGCAGUGGAUGCUACUUGCACACCAAGAUUUAAGAAAACUGAUAUGCCACCAAAGCCUCCUCCGAAACCAGUGCUCAUUAACCCAGAAUGCCGGUGCCUCGAAGCAGAUCGUUCCACGAAGGGUUGAAUAUUCAAUUUUUUUUUAUAUUUUAUAAAUGUUAAUUUAUAUAACUAUAUACUUGUAUGUAGCAAGCUCCUCUGCAAAAUGUGUCUCCAGAUUCAGAGGUAGUUAGUCAUUAUAUAUAUUCUUGUUCCAAUGUCAUAUAGAU